GGUUGUUGGACUGCGCAGAGCACUUCCAUAAAAUUGUUGACAUUGACGCAGCUGGGGACGCUCUGCUCUUGUUCAGUUGCAUGCAGACAGAACCAUCACGCCUUGUUGAGGACCGUAUCGCUUCAUUUUUGAAUGACGAUCAGUCACCUAGACUUCGCCAUAUCGCACUUCGUGCCGCCUGCCAAAUAACCACCUGGCGAGAACUCUUCGACAAGUUCACUGAUGAACUUCUUUGUCAUCCGAGUCAUUCCUUCUCUCAUGCUGUUCUGAAGGCCAUUUGUCCCAUGGUCCCAAAUGAACGCGACAAAGACGAAUUUUAUAUCACCAAUGCAAUCAACCUGCUCAACUUCACCGAAUGGCCCGAAGAUAGUGAUCUAGCGAUCUCUCCCCUGCCCAAAAUCCAGCGUCUUGUAUACUUCGUUUUACCUGCGCCCAAGGUUGACGAUCUCGCAAUGUAUACUCAUUACUGCCGUGCCCUAAUUCGUCACAUGGGCAGAGAUCAACCUGUUCAGUUCCGCUAUUAUGCCUCACGUAUUGUCUGUAACGCCCGACAAGACCUUGUAAAGUUCAUCACUGCUGCCGGAGCUGACGAGUCCUUACGAGACUCCGAGAUCUGCCCAGCCCUCAUCACCACACUUUUUACUUGCGGCAAUGAUUUGUUUGCCUUUAUUCGCCAAGGUUAUUGCGUCCCCUGUUUCCGUCUCGUCUUCACUCUUGCACAGAACCCCGACUGGCACCCUCACCUGAUCCGGGAUGGCUAUAUCGAAAAGUGGAUUACAAACACAUUCACUUCCAGUCAUCUCGCUCAAUGCCCUAGCACUCGCUCUCUCAUUCGUUCUAGCUCUUACUCUCCUACUCGUUCUCAUUCUCGCUUCCGCUCUCCUAUUUGUAUUAUCCCUUCCCCUCCCACUCGUUCUCGUUCCAGCUCCCGCUCUCCCAUUCGUAUUAUUCCGUCCCCUCCCACUCGUUCUCGUUCCAGCUCCCGCUCUCCCAUUCGUAUUAUUCCGUCCCCUCCCACUCGUUCUCGUUCCAGCUCCCGCUCUGUCAUUCGUACUUUCUAUCACUCUCUCACUCGCUCUCGCUCUCGUUCUCGCUCCCACCCUCUCAUUCCUACUGUCUAUCACUCUCCCACUCGCUCUCGCUCUCGUUCUCGCUCCCGCCCUCUCAUUCCUACUGUCUAUCACUCUCGUCCUCGUCCUCGCUCCCGCUCUCCUAUUCAUCCUCGUUCUCGCACUCGCAUCCGUUCUCGCUCUCGCAUCCGUUCUCGUUCUCGCUCCCGCCCUCCUCUUCACACUAUCCCUCGCAUUCACGCUCCCUCUCCCCGCGCUCCCUCUCCCCCCCAUCGGUAUUCUUUCACCAACAUUACUAGCAAAGAAGCUCGUUGUCUCUUUUACCUCGCUGGAAUUUCCCUCCGUAUUGCUCCCCCAGAGCAGGCCGCAUCUUUCUUCAGCACCAUCACAACUAUGCAUUGGUGGGACUUGAUGAGGGUGCAUGGUAUAUCAUCGAGUCUUGCUCUUACAAUGAGUUGGACGAUGGCAUCGAGAGCCUCCCAGCUCUUGUCAGGGGUACAGAAUGGCACAUGCCAUUAGAUGCUUCGAAGCUUGAGCUUGAAUCGCUCAAUAAAUUGUUAGCCAAAACUCUUGACGUGUUACGACAACAACAAAGUCCAGAUGAGAGUAUCAUAUCUGCAGUAGCGGGUUUGCAGAGUAUCGUAUACGAGAGAUUGGUGGCCUCACUUUCAGAUAGUAUGGACCUGGGGGUGUUUGGAGAACAAAGUGCAGAAGAGGCUCCAGAUCUUCCGUCCCAUGGAUCUACAUGAUCACUUAGCCAUUGCGUUGCCCAGCUUUUCCUUGUAUUGUGUAAUUCACUUCCCUCCAGUAUGUAAUCUUUG